AUGUUCGAGAAGAACUUGCGGGACCUGGUCAAGGGCAUUCGCUCGACCAAGGGCGACGUGACGAACUACGUCUCGCAGGCGCUGCAGGAGAUCAAGACGGAACUGCGCAGCACUGACCCGUUCAUCAAGGCCCAGGCCGUGCGCAAGCUCACGUACCUCCACAUGUUGGGCUACGACAUGUGCUGGGCGGCGUUUCACGUUGUGGAGGUUAUGAGUUAUGAGAGGUUUGCUCACAAACGCAUCGGCUACAAUGCUGCGUGUCAGAGCUUUACGCAGUCGACCGACGUGGUGCUGCUAUGUACGAAUUUACUCAAGAAGGAGUUUGGCAGUGCAAACGAGUACGACGUGGGACUAGCGAUCAAUGUAUUGGCUAACAUUGUCACGACGGACUUGGCGAGAGACUUAUUGGGGGAUGUACUGGCAAUGAUGGGUUCACCCAAGCCGUACGUUCGGAAGAAAGCUACGCUGGUGCUCUACAAGAUGUUUCUGCGCUACCCGCAAGGGCUGCGACUGUCGUUUGAUCGACUCAAGGAGAGGAUGGAAGAACCAGACGUUACGGUUGUCUCGUGUGCCGUGAAUGUGAUUUGCGAGCUCGCGAACAAGAAACCGAAGAAUUAUCUAGGACUCGCACCACAGUUUUUCCGUCUACUUACGACAUCGUCGAACAACUGGAUGCUGAUCAAAGUCGUUAAAUUGCUGGCGAGUUUGGUGCCGGAAGAGCCGCGACUUGCUCGCAAACUUUUGGAUCCACUGGCGACUGUUAUCCAGAACACACCAGCAAAAUCGCUGCUCUACGAGUGCAUCAGUACGGUUGCAACCGCGCUGAUGUACACGAAAAAGAGUGACGGAUCGCAGCCGCGUAAUGUUGCAGCAGUUGUUCGACUCUGUAAUGAUCACUUGCGUCGCUAUAUUGAAGACCCGGAUCAAAACCUGCGCUACCUGGGUCUCGUUGGUUUAGGGAAUUUGAUGAAGUCCCAUCCAUACGUCGUCGCAGAGCACCAGGAGGUUAUUGUAGAAUGUCUUGCCGUGGACGAUAUGACGAUUCGUAUGCGUGCAUUGGAAUUGUUGUCUGCCAUGGUAAACCCCGACAACGCGGCGCCUAUCGUUCGUGAACUCAUGCGCCAGACGCUGAGUGCUGAUGGUGCUUACCGUCAUGAACUCAUUACUCGCAUCUUGCAUGUUUGCUCAGUCAACAAGUAUGCCAAUAUUCAUGAUUUUGACUGGUAUAUUCACGUGUUGGUACAGCUUGCUCGCGUACCAGGAAAUACUGCUGCUACAAUUGAUGCGUCACUGUCGUCGUCAUCGCGAGCUCAAUCGUCCGACAGCAUGCUUGGCUCCAGCAGUAGCUGUACUAAGGUAAAUGGGACAGAUAACGAAAGGAAAAAGUGCUCGCAUGGUGUAGAAGUAGCGCGGCAGCUUGUGGACAUUGCAGUUCGUGUGAAGAGUGUGCGUAGCGUCAUGGUGGACGACAUGAUCCAGUUGUUGAUGGAAAAAGAGGCACUUAGCGGUCCAGGGGUGGGCACUAUUCAGGAAGUGUACUAUGCAGCAGCUUGGAUUACAGGUGAAUACAUCACGGAGUUUUUGGAAGAUGUGGAUGAUGAUGAAGAUGAGGACGAAGAGGAAGACGACGAGACCGAGACCGAAGAGGAGAAGCUCCAGCGACUGGAAGAUCUUGUAGAUGAAAUGCUCCAACCUCGGAUGACUAUGUUGCCUGCUCACGUUCAGACUGUUUUGCUCCAGUCACUUCCGAAGAUCCUUACUGCCAUGACUGAACGCGCAGAUGACGCCACUGUGGAGCGUAUUGCAACAAUUAUUGCGGAGCACCUGCCAUCUUUCGUAAAAAGCGAGUAUAUCGAGGUGCAAGAACGCGCGGUCUGUUUACAGCAGCUCCUGCUUGCAUUGAGCAUGGGACUUGGUGCGCUAACCGCACAAGAACGUACCGAACGCGCAUUUGACGGCAGUGCAUCGAUUGAUUCGGUCGAGCGCUUGGAUGUGCUUAAGGCGUUUUUUGCUGAGCGAUUGGCUCCUGUUGGCAUUAAGGCUCAGCGAAAAGUACCGGUACCAGACGGCCUCGAUCUCAACGAACCUCUAAGUACAUCAGAGGCCAAGUUUCUUGAAACGGGUGGUGAUGUAUCGGCAUUUUCGAACGAAGAUGACCUUGAGAUCUCGUUCGUCAGUCAGGGUCACGCUGGUGUAGGCGGCGGCUACAGUGGUAUUGACGAUGCAUCUUCCAGGCGGAAGCCUGGUCUUAAACACAGCCGUCAUCGUCGUCAUCACGACCCUUCCUCUUCUUCUGAGUCAGAAUCGGAAUCGGAGUCAGAGGGUUCCACAGAUGGGAACGAGAGGAAGAAACGUGAAGGCGCGCGCGAGCAAGAGCGGCAACGCAAAGAUCCUUUCUACCUAUCUGCCGGUUCGCAGGCUUCUGCUAAUGGUGGAGCCAACGCGGGUUUUGCGGACAUGAUGGGCGCUUUGAGCGUUGGCGUGAAUGGAAGAACGAAGAAGGGAUCCAAGAAGUCAAAGUCUCGUGAUAUCUUCGAGGACGAUCUGAUGCCUGACGGUGCACGCUCUAGUGAUGAAGACCGCCGGCGCAGUCGAAAGAAGCGCGAUUUUGCCAACGAAGAUGAGACGGAUUUAGCUGCAGUUGAUUUGAGCACCCCGCUUGGUAAAGACGAGAAGGUUCCUACCGAUCAGUGGUUUCAUCGUCAGACACCGUCGUCUAAGCUCGCUGAGACCGCAAAGAAGGUUAAAAAGAAAAGUUCAAAGCACAAAGGUUCUGCUCGUGGCGAGGACAAGAGCAAGCAGAAAAAGGAGUCAUCAUCCAAGCGAUCUAGCUCCAAGAAGUCCUCACGGAACGAGGGUCUGCUGAUACAAGGGUUCAGUGAUGAGAAGCAGGAGCCUGCUGUAGUAGAGGAGAACCGUCACCAUCACCGCAGUAAGAGAAGCAGUACCCACAAGAAAACCAGCUCCAGUAAAAGAAGCGGCGACGGCGAGAAGAGCAAGAAGAGUAGGGACAGCAGGCACGAGAGCUCCAAACGCCAAGAGACAGUGGUAGAAGAACCGCUUCUGCUCUUUUAG